AUGACGAGAUCUAAGAGUUUCUAUAGUGAAUUGGCCAAGGAAUUGUCACUACCUGUUAAUGAUGUGACUGUUCGCUUGGAAACCCUUGAGAUGCGAUUCCGGGAUCUUGAUGCCAAGAUCGAAUCCAAGGCAGCCGAUCAAGAAGAAAAAGUCGCAGAGCUGCGUGUUGGCUUGUCUGUUGAUUUUGCAACACUGACUGAGAAGCUGGUGGGGCUCUUCGAACAGUGUGAUGCCAGAUCUGCCAAGAAAUGCGAAGAUAGUGAAUCAAGGCUUCGGAAGGAAUUGGAAGAGCGUGAUAACCGUUUUGAAAAGCUGCUGGAGUCAUUGAAAAUGCAGCAAUUUCACAAUCUAGAAAAGGGUCAAAUUAUUGAAAUAAUUCAUCUACCGAUUCUAGCCGAUAAGAGACCACCGCUUAUCUCAGGCAAGGGUGUAUCUGAAUCAAGGGAGGUGGAGCCACGCGCCACCGAAUUAGGUGGUGAUGAUCAAACAGAUGUUUUGUCUGAGGCCAAACUGACUGAUAUUGGACAAGGUGGUAUUGAUUUUGUGCCGGUUGGGGAUCAAAUGGGUACUUUACAUCCCUCUAAUGGUGGUGACAGGGGUAAUGGAAACCAGGAAACUAGCGUAAAAGCUGAGAAUUUGAAUCAAAUUAAAGUCUGGGUUAGAGAAUCAGUGGGGUAA